AUGUGGUGGUCUUGCCUUGCCUCCGCCUUCCGAACCACCCUAACUUGCACCAUAAUAGGCUGCACCACCCUCUAUGCCCCCGAGUCCUUCCGGCGCCAUAUAACUUACCCAGCUUUUUCCUACGUGGCGGCUAUUCUGAUAGUCACCGAUGCCAAGUUAGGAGACACCCUGCGAGGCUGCUGGCUGGCGCUGUAUGCCACGGUCCUGGGUGUGGGUCCGGCCAUCUUGAGCCUGUGGGUGAUAGGACCAGCCCAGUUAACCACCAGCACCACCGCUCUGGCGGUGGCGCUCAGCUCGUUGGUAGUUGCGCUUCCGGAAUCCACCCACUUGGUGGCUAAGCGGAUUGCGCUGGGUCAGAUUGUUAUCGUGUACGUGAUAGCUUUUAUAAAUGGUGCUCACACUGACGCUGUUAUGCAUCCUGUACACGUGGCAGCCAGCACCGCCGUUGGGGUCAUUGCUUGUGUUGCCAGCCUCUUGUUGCCGUUCCCAAGUUUGGCUUCUCACGAGGUAAAACAGAACUGCAAGCUUUUUGCAGACAACGCUUCACAGAGGCUAAAGCUCUAUGUGAAGGCAUUCUGUGCAGAAGACAGCACAUCUGGACUAGCAUUGAUAUCUCAAGCAAAUUCCUUGGCUGUUACAGGAACCAAACUUCUCCAAGCUAUUAAAUGCAAGCAAGAAAGCAUGCAGUGGGAGAGACUUCCAAUCAAAUUCUUGAGACCUUAUUGCAUGAACCCAGGAGAUAGAUUGCAAGAUCUAGAGAUACCUUUAAGAGGUAUGAACAUUGCUUUAACCAAUUCUUGUUCAGUUCCAGUUAGAAUAUUGCUGGACCAAGACCUCAAAAAUGGUCUACUCACACUACACCAGAGUAUUGACCAAACCCUUAAUCAUAUUAAGAACCGUUUGCCUUUUGAUUCAUUAACUCUGCCUCAAUCAAAUGAAAACAAUGUGAUGAAGUCUUUCCUAAGUACCCUUCAAACCAUUCCACCAACCCAGAAAGAUUUACCCUCUUUUUUCUUCCUAUUUUGCUUGAAACUCCUCCAUAACAAGACAACAGCCACUUCAUCAAUUGAUCAUUCACCUAAAAAGGAUAGGUGGUUCUUCAGGGGAAUUUGGAGCAAUUGGACGAUGAACAUAAGCAAGAAAAGGCUCAUACCAGCCUUGAAAUGCUCACUUUCUGUAGGACUUGCUGUGUUAUUUGGUUUGCUAUAUAGCAAGGAAAAUGGGUAUUGGUCAGGACUGCCAGUAGCCAUCAGCUUCGCAUCGGAACGAGAAGCUACAUUUAAGGGUGCCAAUGUCAAAGCUCAGGGCACUGUGUUGGGGACUGUCUAUGGAGUAUUGGGUUGCUUUCUUUUUGAAAAAUUCAUGCAAAUCAGGUUCAUGUCUCUUCUUCCUUGGUUCAUUUUCACCAGCUUUUUAAGGCGUAGCCGUAUGUAUGGACAGGCAGGUGGGGUUUCAGCAGCUAUUGGGGCAGUACUAAUCUUGGGUCGAAAGAAUUUUGGUACUCCAAGUGAAUUUGCCAUUGCCAGAAUCAUAGAAACCUUCAUUGGAUUGUCUUGUUCCGUAAUGGUAGAUAUUCUCUUGCAACCUAGAGCUUCUACUCUUGCUAAAUUUCAACUUUCUCAAAGUAUCCAGGCAUUGUACCAAUGCGUCGAUUUGAUAAGUCUUCGUUUUGGCAAAGCCAAAUUGGAAGAGAGCCAAAAGAAGCUCAAAACCCAUGUAGAUGAGCUAAGAAAACUCAUUGGAGAAGCUGAGGUGGAGCCCAAUUUCUGGUUUUUGCCUUUUCAUAGUGCUGGUUAUAGUAAGCUUUUGGUGUCUUUGUCAAAGAUGGUGGAUCUCUUACUUUUUGGAGCUCAUGCAAUUGGAUUGCUUGAACAAGAAUCAAAGAAAAUAGAAAUUGGUUGGAAAGAAGCUGCAGACAAGCUCGAUGGUGAUCUUACGCUCUUGAAGGAAGUGUGUGGCUUUUCAACAAAAUGUUUUGAGGAGACCAAAUUGAUCACAUCUCUCGAAGUGCUUGAAAAGAAGCUCCAAGAGAGGUACAUCUCUGAUGAUCUUGAGUUGGGAAGACGAACAAAUCCAAAUACUUUUAGUGUCUCUGCUUCAGAUCAUGAAGAAGAGAUGGAGAAGAUCAUAAGUUCUUAUCUUCAACAUUCAAAAGAAGAAGUUGAUAGAAUCCAUGAUAUUGAGGGUGAGUGUGAGUUCAAGAGCCAAGUGGUGUUAAGUUUGGCUGCUCUAGCAUUCUGCAUGAGUGGUUUAAUUAAAGAGAGAGGAGAGAUUGAAAAGGGUAUUAAGGAAAUUAUACAGUGGGAGAACCCUUCAAGCCACAUAAAUUUGUAAGAAAAUUCAUGUGAGAUGCAAGCCUCCUUACAUCCAUGCAAGUGGGCACUAGGCAGUGGAACUUCAAUGCUCCAUCUCCAUGUUAGCUUCUUAUUAGCCUCAUUAUGCCCUGCUGAUGGUUGUUUCCAUUGUAUCUCUGUUCUCCCAAGGGAGUUUGUCUCUCCAUUUUAA